CCAAUAAAGGAUCUUUCUGAUGUGUUUGAGGUGUUUCAGAGUGACGGCAGCCUGCAGACACAGAGGACCAGUGACGGAGAAGCAGCCCAGGAUUUUCUAUGUUUCUGCUCAAACCCAGACAGCAGAGAUCUGUACUGGUGGGAAGAAGCUGAGUGGAGUCCUGACUGGUUCCAGGAAACAGAUCACCUGUCUGAGCGUCCAGGAGUGGACUGGAAACUUUCUUCUUCUUCUUCAGCGCUUUGAAUAAAGUCUAAGUUUGCUUUGUUUGCUGCUUUAACUUCAGUAAUGUUGCUGUUUGUUUCUGCUCUGUGAUGUUUCUACAUGUUCACUUCUUAUUUCAGCACAAACUUUGGAUGACUGCUGUUUAAACAUGGAUCAAUAUGAUUAUUAGGUUAUUGAUUGACUGCAAUCAGUCAAUAUUUCUAUGAGAUUAUUGAUGGACUUGAGUCAGUUUGAUGAGCUGCUGAUGUUUCUUUGUUUGUUCACAAUCCAAACUGCAUGGUGUCUUUUUGACUUUGGGUUUGUGGGUGAGUCUCUGCAGCUCCAUGACUCCAUCUGCUGGACUGAUAGUAGAAGUGCAGCAGCUGAUCUUUUCCAGGAGGAUUUGAGUGGAUCAAUGAUGUUUGUUUCCUGUGCAGGUGAAGGUAGAAAGUGUGUGUGAGCUGCUGUGAGUUGAGCAGCAUGGAUGAGUGUGAGGACACUGAUCCAUGCGUUUCUCUACCAUAAGACGUCUGCAAAGAGCUUUCAGAGAAUUUAUCUACCCUACUACACACAGAGUACAUGGAGCUACGAUGACGUCAGAGGUGCUCUUGAACAUCCUGGAUGAUCUGGAUGAUGAUCAGCUGUCUACAUUCCAGUGGUUCCUGCAGCAACCCAACAAUGUUCAAGGCCUCCCAGCCAUCACAAAGAGCCGACUACAGACACUAGACAGGUGUAAAACUGUGGAUGUGAUGGUGGAGACUUAUGGACUUCAGAGAGCUGUGCAGGUGACCAGGGUGGUUUUAGAGAAGAUCUCCAGGAAUGAUCUGCUGCAGAGGUUUCCUGCCAGCAGCUCAGGACCAGAAGUUCAUGUCAGUGAUGUUGGGGAGACUUCAGAGAACAGAGAACCUUCCUCCUCUCAGACUCAGCCUCCUCUUCCUCAGACUGAAGAUGAGACUGUUCCGGUACCAGAACCAAGUCCCAUCAGAUAUUACCAACAGAAGCUUCAGUCAAACUUCCAGGACACGUUUAAGGUUACAACAGAGGGGUGGGCAGCAGAUAAGCAGCUUCUGGUUGAUAUCUACACAGAGCUAUACAUCACAGCUGGCCGGGACGUGCACGUCAACACACAGCAUGAGGUCCUACAGAUUGACAAGGUGUGGAAGCCAUCAGACACAGAGACACAGAUCAAACCCAGAGACAUUUUCAAGCAUCCUUCUGGACAAGACAUACCCAUCAGAACAGUGCUGACCAAUGGGAUUGCAGGGAUUGGAAAAACAUUCCUUGUGCGCAAGUUUGUGUUGGACUGGGCCGAAGAAAGAACCAAUCAAGAUGUGCAUCUUAUUUUCCCGUUCACUUUCCGUGCCCUGAAUUCACUGCAGGGAAAAGAGUUUGGUUUGGCAGAGCUCAUUCAUUUCUGUAUCCCAGAAACUAAAGACGUCUCAGUGGGUCUGAAUUACAUCUUUACAGCUCUGCAGUCAUCAGGAACCAGCAGCUACAAGAAGAGCAGAUUCAGACUGCUGUUUGUGUUUGAUGGACUGGACGAGAAUCGCCUUCAUUUGGACUUUGAUGUCAACAAUAUUCCCUCUGUGGAGGUAACAAAGUCAACUGAAAUAGAAGUCCUGCUGAGGGGACUGAUCAGUGGAAAACUGUUGCGCUCAGCUCGCCUCUGGAUAACCACACGACCUGCAGCAGCCAAUCAGAUCCCUCCUGACUGUGUGGACAUGGUGACGGAGGUCAGAGGGUUCACCGACCCACAGAAGGAGGAGUACUUCAGGAAGAGAUUCAGAGAUGAGGAGCAGGCCAGCAGCAUCAUCUCCCACAUGAAGACAUCACGAAGCCUCCACAUCAUGUGCCACAUCCCAGUGUUCUGCUGGAUCACUGCUACAGUUCUGGAGGAGCUGCUGGAAACCAGAGAGGAAGGAGAUCUGCCCAGAACCCUGACUGAGAUGUACACAGAGUUACUAAGAUUUCAGAUUGAUCAAACAAAAGAAAAGUACAGUCCAAAGAAGUGCAUUCAGUACAUUAAGUCAUUAGCUAAACUGGCUUUUGAACAGCUGCAAAAGGGCAACCUGAUCUUCUAUGAGAAAGAUCUGAGAGAAAGCGGCAUCGAUGUGAGUGAAGCCUCAGUGUACUCAGGAGUGUUCACAGAGAUCUUCAAAGCAGAGCGAAGACGGAAACAGGAAGACAAGAUGUUCAGCUUCGUCCAUCUGAGUGUUCAGGAGUUUCUGGCUGCUCUUCAUGUCCAUCUGACCUUCAUCAACUCUGGAAUCAACCUGCUGGAACAAGAACAAACUGUCUUCAAGAAGCUGAAAGUAUUUCUAAAGAAACCUGAACUAAAACAUCUCCACCAGAGAGCUGUGGACGAGGCCUUACAGAGUCCAAACGGACACCUGGACUUGUUCCUGCGCUUCCUCCUGGGUCUGUCACUCCCGACCAAUCAGAAUCUCCUACCAGGCCUGCUGACACAGACAGGAAGUAGCUCACAGACCAAUCAGGAAACAGUGGAGUACAUCAAGGAGAGAAUCAGUGAGAAUGUGUCUGCAGAGAGAAGCAUCAAUCUGUUCCACUGUCUGAAUGAACUGAAGGAUGUUUCUCUAGAGGAGGAGAUCCAACAGUCCCUGAGAUCAGGACGUCUGUCCACAGAUAAACUGUCUCCUGCUCAGUGGUCAGCUCUGGGCUUCAUCUUACUGUCAUCAGAAGAACAUCUGGACGUGUUUGACCUGAAGAAAUACUCUGCUUCAGAGGAGGUUCUUCUGAGGCUGCUGCCAGUGGUCAAAGCCUCCAAGAAAGUUGUACUGAGUGGCUGUAAUCUGUCAGAGAGAAGCUGUGGAGCUCUGUCCUCAGUCCUCAGCUCCCAGUCCUCCAGUGUGACAGAGCUGGACCUGACUAACAACAACCUGCAGGAUUCAGGAGUGGAGAGUCUUUCUGCUGGACUGGAGAGUCCACACUGUAAACUGGAAGCUCUCAGGCUGUCAGGCUGUCUGGUCACAGAGGAAGGUUGUGCUUCUCUGGCCUCAUCUCUGAGCUUCAAGACCUCAAAUCUGAGAGAGCUGGACCUGAGCUACAACCAUCCAGGAGACUCAGGAGAGAAGAUGCUGAGAGCUAAAGUGGAGGAUCCAGACUGUAGACUGGAAACUCUCAGGGUGACGCCUGCUGGAGUCCAAUGGUUGACACCAGGUCUGAGGAAGUAUUCCUGUCAACUCACAGUCGACACAAACACAGUAAACAGAAACCUCGAACUGUCUGACAACAACAGGAAGGUGACAUUUGUGGAGGAGGUUCAGUGGUAUCCUGAUCAUCCAGACAGGUUUGACUGGUAUCAUCAGCUGCUGUGUAGAACUGGUCUGACUGGUCGCUGUUACUGGGAGGUCAAGUGGAGAGGAGAGGUUCAUAUAUCAGUGAGUUACAGAGGAAUCAGAAGGAAAGGACACAGUAAUGACUGUUGGUUUGGACUGAAUGAUCAGUCCUGGAGUCUGAGCUGCUUUGAUCGUCGUGGUUACUCUGUCUUUCACAAUUACAGUGAAACACCCAUCAGUUCCUCCUCAGUGUCUCACAGAGUUUCAGUUUAUGUGGACGUUCCUGCUGGAACUCUGUCCUUCUACAGAGUCUCCUCUGACUCUCUGAUCCACCUCCACACCUUCAACACCACAUUCACUCAACCUCUCUAUCCUGGAUUUGGGUUCUGGUCGUCUGAUUCCUCAGUGAUUCUGUGCUGAGUUGAGUCUCCAGAGUCUCCUCCUGGUAGAGAAACAGUGUUGAACAGAUAGUUGAGUCUCUCCAUGACUCUGUCCCUCAGAAACAUGUUUCCACAUUCAUGGAUUAAAUGUGUUUCUUUGUGAAAUCCUUCUAAAUGAUUCCUUGUAAAUAGGGCUGCCACAAACGACGCGUCAACUAAUCGCCUGCGCACGAUACGUCAUCAAAAGCGGAAGUGAGCGCGCAAUGCAACAGAAAUCACCGUCCGAGUGGAGUGCGGAACACACAUGGACAUCCGCGCUGUAUCGUGCAUAUAUAGUAUAUGCAUAUAUUAUAUAUGCACAAUACAGCGUGGACAUCCGCGUUUACGAUACAGCGCGGACAUCCGCGCUCCACUCGGACGGUGAUUUCUGUUGCAUUGCGCGCUCACUUCCGCUUUUGAUGACGUAUCGUGCUCAGGCGAUUCAUCGACACGCCGUUUGUGGCAGCCCUACUUGUAAACUUGUUCCUCUUCAAAGAUGGAAGUUGUGAUUAUUCCAGGAGCCAAAUGUGGUGUUUGUGUCUUUUUCCAGUCAAAUGUUGAGAGUGAAUAUCAGGAUGUGGUGUUUCCUCUGAUGCUCACUUGAACUAAAAGCAUUUGAGCUGCACAAAGUGUGAAAUGAGAGAGGAAGCAGUGAAUCUACAAACUGCUGACAGACUUUCACACAUUAUUGUCCAGUGAAAAUCAGGUUUUUGUGCAGCCAGACUUGAUCCUGAUUUGAGUGUUUCAGUCCUGUUCUAGUGAUGAAGUGAGAACUUCCUUCAUCUUGUGUGUGAUGGAGAAGAAUAAAGGGCUGUGGUUAAAAAUCCUGA